AAAUUGUCACCUUCAGAUGGGCUAAAAAAGUUACAUGAAAGCAGCACAGAUUCCUGUUUCUGUGAACUCAUCUACCUCUGGCACUUUCACAAAGAAACUCUGUUUUGUCACAAACCGGUUCUACAAAUGGAAAAUUCUGUUAAUCUGGAGCAGUUUUAUUACUUAGGCAGAUCACAGUGGUGACGAGUUGUUUUUGUUUCUAUUUGGACGGGCAGAUUAACAUGGACAGAAGAUUCUAUGUAUCUUAGGUUAUAGUAUAAAAACCUGAGCUUCAUUGAACUAACAGUGGCUCUAGAUCUUCUACUAGAACUAAAGCCCCCUUGCUAAAGCCAAGGAAUGGAGCCCCCUGAAGCAACCAUGAUCGAAGGUGUGGGAGAUGAGGUAACAGUGGUGGCUGGUGUUGUGGUCCUUAGUAUGGCCCUGGUUCUGGCAUGGCUUUCCACAUAUGUUGCAGAUGGCAGCAGUCAUCUUCUGGGAACUAUAGUGGCCACUGGAGAUUCAUCAGUGAUCCACUUGAGCCCCAUUGAACGAUAUGUAGGGAAUUCAGUGUCCGAACAGUCAGAGCCCCAGGGUGCUACAGAAAGCACUGAAGAAAAGGCAGAUGAAGGUCCUGCUUCUGACCCAAGCCCUGCAGCCGAACAAGGUGCAAGCAGCAGUGGUGCAGAUGCUGCUUUAGACCGCCUAUUGGACAUCCAGGGUGUGCCCCAGAGGACCUUUUCUAUCGAUCCUGUUUCUCAAGAGAACCAGAGUGUUUCACAAACAGUACCUGCUGUGGAGGAGUGUGAGCCAAACUCAGGCUUUAUCAAGGUGCGCCUCAAAUUCCUCAAUGACACAGAAGAGGUGGCCAUUGUGAAGCCAGAAGACACCAUUGGCAUCCUCAAAAGCAAGUACUUCCCAGGCCAGGAGAAUCAGAUGAAGUUUAUCUACCGAGGCCAACUUCUCCAAGACCAGGCACGGACUCUUCGUUCUCUCAAUAUCCUGGAUAAUUGUGUCAUCCAUUGCCACCUCUCUCAGACCACUCCUUCUGCCGUGCCUGACACAAUGGCUCCACCCUCAGAAGCAGGGGGGUUCGUUCUGAACAUGGGCAACCUGAUGAUUCCCGUUUUUAUGGUGAUGCUGGCAGUCAUCUGGUAUUUCCGCAUCAACUACCGACAGUUAUUUACAGCUCCUGCCACUAUUUCUUUAGUUGGGGUGACUGUAUUUUUUAGUUUCCUUAUUUUUGGAAUGUACGGACGAUGAGCUCUAGUGAGGGAGCAGAAAGAGCUCUCAGUUUUACCUUUAGCCUGAUUGCUCUUGGUUUUGUACUUUCACUUAAUCCUGUAAGUUACAGGAAAAGCUUUUAUCCAGAAAUUCUAUACUAACAGAGGGAAAACCUCCACAGACCCUUUGAUUUAAAAUUUUUACUUAAUUUCUACCUUUUCGUUAGCCAACACACUUGAAUACUUUUGAAGACUGAUGGUAGAAGAAACUGGGACAGAUACAGAAGAGUGAGGCAGCAUGGAUUGCUAUAUUGUCACACUAUCUGUCCAAGCAGUUCUUUGAUCUGAAUCAUUACAAGCAUUACUCUCACAUUAUUUGGCUUUUAUGCCUUUAGAAGUAAUUUGUCUAUAGUCACUGAUUUUUUUUCUUCAAAGCUAUGAAGAUUUGGAACUAGCUGAUCAUUUUAGAGCAUGAUUGUACUGAAGUCCCGUUCCUGUCCUUAUAUUCUUGGAUGUCUUCUGAGCCUUAUAAUAGACAAAAUGGGCUUUAGGCUUAAUUAUUUGCCUAUUUAAUUUGUUGCUACAUUGGGAAGAAUCACCUUGGCACAUGCUGCUUCUAUCCUUUUCCAUUGUGACCAAUUACACUGCAGUAAUAUGAUGCAUUAGUGCUCUCUCCACAAAGGUCAGCCUUUCUAUCUGUAACUUUUUACCCUCUGUUGAAUGGAUGGAAUGUGUGCCUUCUCCCUUCCAUGCGCUGAGACACAUGCAUCUUGGAAACAAGUAUUAGCUAUGUUCUGAAGAUACCUGCCCACACUUUGCGUAACUGUGUACGCCAGCCUUAGAGAGCUGCUCAUCCUUGUGCUGUAGGAAGAAAGGGCCUUGUCAAAGAGUAUUCUUUGCAAAUGUGGACUUGUAAGAAUGCAAUUAGUAAACCAAGAUAGCCUGCCUGGAGCACCUCUUGUUGGCUAGAGGAAGAAGUAUCAGCUGGGCCUUCUGUCCCUUUUUAAUUGCCAAGGGGGUGUGAAAAAAAUCUAGCAUGUCCCUGCCAGUUCAGACUGGCUGUUAUCUGGAUUUAUGAACACUGUUCAUCAUAGGGGGUGGCAAUUUCCUUUGUUUUUAUAUUACAUGUGCUUAAUACUUAUGGAAAGUAUUAAAGCCAAAGGUAUCUUUUUGGAAUUCACUGCAACUGUCAAGAGACAGAGCUAGAAGAAAUAGUUAAUGGUAUUUUCCAUUGUGUCUUCCAUUAGAGAAAUGCUGCUGACAUAAAAAUCUGAAUGGGUAAAUUAAAUCACUCAGCUUGCUUUUGAAUGGCAAGAAUUAUUACAUUUCUAGAUAUUGUUGCAUAGAUAAGCUUGAACUGCAGAGCAAACAUUUCUGAUGCAGUUAUCAGUGCCAGGUAAGUUUCUCAAUCCUGAAAAUGAAUCCUUAAUAUUUCUUUUACUACUGCUUUGGCUUAUAAAAUCAAGGUGUUUGUAAAAAUGUUGCCAGUAAUAAGGGUUGAAGUAAACUUGCGCUUGACAUCUGUUGCCUGAAAUGUAUUUUACUUCUAAAAUCUAUCCAUUUUACAUGAUUUUAUUUUCAUCUGUGUUGUCCAGAUUUGCUUGUAGCUGAAGAGGAAGGAGCCCUUUUAAGGGACCACUACACUGGUCAUCCAUGACAAAUAAGAAUCCCCUCCAAGUGAAUAGAAUAUAAAUUCUGAGCACUCCUCUUUUUGUCACAGUUUAUAACUUUAGUUUCUGAUUACUAAUUUUCUAUAAACUUAAUUGUAAAACCCUUGGAGGGCUGAGGGUUCGACCUAAUGUGUCUUUUCAAACCACUGCAUCUGGCAAGUACACAAGCCUUACAAGUUUGUACAUGAUGUGGAACCAGUGCAGGGAGCCUGUGGCCACCAGAUAGUUGCCACCUCUUAGCAUCUCUAGUACUUAUGACUAGUGGGCAGGAAUACAGUAAUGGAAUUUCACCAUUUGGAGGGCCUGGGGGUUCCCCAUGCCUGAUCUAGACUGUUUUCUGGUAAGAUUUACAAAAGCACUAGGACCUUUUCUCAAACAUGGAUCCCUUAAGAGAUUUUCAAAUAUAUGUGCUAUCACUAUUGGCCAUGGUGGAUGGGGCUGUGACAAUAUUGUUUCAAACUAACUUCCCCACUUUGGAAAAAGCUCCUAUGUGUAUCAAAAAAGCUGAACUUCUGCCACCUGGAUAACAUAGUUCAGCAAAACCCUUAUUAGCUCAAUGGCAUAAGGCACUUAACAAAGCACUCCUCUGGCUUCUGAAAUGGCAGCAGGUGCCGGUUAUAUUUUCAGGCCUCUUUUAUGUUCCUUUUACAGAUAUUUGUAGCAUAUAUUUUUCAUGUACAGAAGUGAGUCCUCAUGUUGCCCUGCCAAAUUGUACUUUGGAUUUUAUUUCCAAUAAAAAGCCUUUGUCUAGUACUGUA